AUGUCAGAUCACAAACAAGAUAUUGAGCUUGGCCUUUCUGACCAUUCCGGGAAGGUAUGUUCUGAAUUUUCUCAACUAAUCCACUUUAAGUAUUAUCUUCCGGUAUCGUGCUGCUCUUCUCUACAACUUUGGUGGUACUAUAAGUUUGCUGCAUUGGAGAAGCUCCUUCACACUCACCAUUGGAAGGUCUUCAGCCUGUUAUUACCCCUCAUGCUCCUAUGUCUGGGACUCAAGUUCGCUAAACCGGAAACGGACUUUUACCGUCUUUGGGUCGCAGAAAGUAGUCGGCUAUCGGCAGAGUUGAAUUACCUAGCCAAGGCACUUCGCGCAGCUGAUAUGCAGCACCAAAUACCGCCUUACACUGGGACUGUUUACCACCAGCCACCCUCCUGGGGUGAUCCAUACCUCCGAUCACCCGAUUUGAUCCCCGUCGCACCGCACACCUCUUCGCUCGGGGGUCUGCCGGGUAGCGAGUUCAUGGGGUCCAUAGAAUCCAUUCUACAGACCUCAUCUUCUGCCGGAAACCUCCUUACGCUGGAGGCACUGCGUGAUCACAUGGAACUUCUUGUGAAGAUCCACAAGCUUGAGGUCAAGGUGGGCACGUCAAAGUGGCGGUUGGAGGAUCUUUGUCAGCGUGCUGAGCUCCCCAGUUCCGUGGGAUUGCACAGCGUUGAGUCUCUUCUCGCUCAACUCAUCCCUUGUGUCGUCAUCACUCCUGCCGAUUGCUUCUGGGAGGGCUCUAAAGUCAUCGCGCCGGACACUGUGGUUCAGAUACCAUGGCCCAACAAACAAUACACACUGCAGUGGUCGAGUCUCGACCCGCAGCACAUUCUUUCAAAUCUUCGAAGCGAAUACGGCAAUCACUCCUCGGAGUUGAGCUACCUCGACGAGGUGAUGGACAUGCUGAAUCGUGCGGGUUUGAGUCGCGGCUAUCUCACUCGACCCUGUCUGGAUCCCCACGAUCCUGGCUGUCCCAUUCUCGCUCCCAACUACAAAGCUCAGCCGCCGGACGUUGCUCGUGUCGUUGCCGAUGGCUGUCCUAGUUUUGCCGCGAACAUUCUUCACUGGCCUAGAGACCUCCUUCUCGGUGGACAACAAUGUUCCAUGGGGAAUCACUCCACGGCGGCUUGUGGAAGUUCCAACCAUAACUUGGUGCAUGCCUCGGCUUUGCAGUCUCUGCUUCUGUUGCGUUCACCACAAGACCUUUAUCGCACUGUUCGCUUCAACGAUCCCUAUAAGCACGAAUCGUGGACACUGCUAGACGCACAAAAUACGCUGGAUCAGUGGCGUAAUGGGCUGAAGCAUCUCCUCCUUGUCCAUAAUAAAGCCAUCUCGCGCAGUCGAAACUGGCAGUACUACGGCUUCACCGACAAUUCUCUUCGUGGUCUCCUCACUCAGAGCACUGUUAGUGUGUGGUUCGCACAACUCGCUGGCGCCGUUGUACUUGUGCUCCUCUACGGCAUGGUAUGCUUAUUGUGCUGGCGCGAGCCUUCGAGGUCCCAAUGUUGGCUGGCUUUGGCUGGUUUGGGUCUCAUUGUCCUCGCUCUUGUGGCUGGGCUUGGCAUCUGCUCUCUCAUUGGUCUCCCCUUCAACGUUCUAUCCAUCCAGGUUCUACCCUUCCUUAUCCUCGGUUUCGGUAUGGAGGGGCUGUUCGUAUUUACCACCUGCAACACAUGUGUGCUGUCGCGCUCGGCAGAGGUCACCCAGAAAAUACUCUGCCUCGCUUUCUUCUUCUUGUUUCUCAACCAGGCUGUACUGUGGACCACCCACGUGCUUGCCGAGCACGGAACUGCCUUCGUCUUUUCCGUCUUUACGAUGGCUGCUGCAUUCUUUGCUGCCAUCUACCUUCCCGUGCCUGUGAUGCGUCAGUUCUGCCUCCAGGCGGGCAUCCUGGUGUUGGUGCAGGCUAUUACAAUCAUGGCCUUGUUCCCAGUCCUCCUGAAGUUGGACUCGCGAAGACGCGUGCGCCAUCGCAUGGAUGUGCUGUGCUGUCUCCAGCAGCCUGUCUCAAUGGCACAUCACGACACUGCAGCCACUUCUAGCGCCUCUGCAUCACCAUCGUACCUUGUCACACCCUGUAAUUCCGGUGAGGGCAUCGUGCGCGUCGUAGAGACAACUUCCACGAAGGUCCGUCUCAGUGGCAAUGCUGUAGCCACCGUAAAGGUCUCCGUCUCCACGCAAAAACCAUCAGUUUUGGUCAAAGACAUCCAUUCUUGUGGUGAUGAGAAUCUCGGAGUCGUCCUCCUAGAGUGUCUCUGCAGUUCUUGUCAGUACAAGCAGCCUUGCACCGGCGGUCCGCUUUUCAUCCGCCUUGCGAACCGACUGGCAGCCGCGCUCUCACGAUUCCUCUCCCUCCGCAUCGCCGUCUGCCUCUUAGGUCUCGGCCUUGUUGCCUCUGCCGCCGUGGUGGCUCCCUUACGCCUCCGAUUUGGUCUCAACCUCCUCAGUCUCAUCCCCACCGACGCUAUUGAACACGGAUUCGUGGAAGAGUCGUGUGAAACCUUUGGUCUCAUUCACUUCCAACUUAUCACUCGAGGGAAUGACGCCAUUUUGGUAGACGACCCAUCACCUUCCGAGAAUUUUAUUCACGGGAAAUUAGAAUUGUCGCAGGACAGCGCUCUUUCUGGUCCCGGAGUAGAUUUCGCCCGGAGUCAGGCACGCCUGAGGACGCUUUUUACCGAUGUGGCUAGUCUACCGGGAGUUUCCUUCACUGGCAAGCGUAUUUGGCUGGAUUCCAUGCACGACUGGCUGUUGGGUCUUCAAACGGCUUUCGAUGCUGAUAAGCAAAAUGGCUAUAUCUCUCCUGAAGGUAACUGGACUGGAAGAGCUAGCGAAGAAGGUGUUCUUGGUCUCUUGCUAGUCGUGCAAACUGAUAACGGUAUCGACUUGGGCAGGAUUCAAACAGGUCGUUUGGUGGACAAUCAUUUGAUUGAACCGUCUGCAUUCCAUGUAUACCUGCAUGCAUGGCGUGUGUUGGAUGUAUUCAACUAUACCUCUCCUCCCUGCACCAUCAUUCCUGACCCAGCCCUGCAGUCGGGUCGAAUUACAAUACCGCAGCGAGUAGGGGGGCCUUCAGAUCUUUACAGCAUCGCCCCUGCCAAUCCAAUCCAACUUAUCCAAACUGCAUUUUUCGCCAAGGGCUAUGGGAAUGUUGCCGACCAAAUCGAUUUUGUAAAAAAAGUUCGUGCUCUCACGGAACAGUCGAGCUCUCAGGGCGUACCAGUCUUUCCUACUGGUCUGCCAUUCACCUUAGUGGAGCAAUAUCUCACCCUUUGGCAUCACUUCGUUGUGGUCAUUGGUAUUCUUGUGGGUACAGCGUUAGUGGCGGGCCUGCUAUUCCUUCCGCAUCCCGUAGCUGCACUGCUCGCUGUGUGUGUGGGUGGUGGUGGCGCUGUCUCUGCUUGCUUUCUUAGUUUCCUUGUCCUUGGCCUCGACUUAAACGCCAUUUCAGGUGGAUUGGUGCUAAUUGCUUUCGGAUUGGGCACGAAACUUUCUUCAGGUGUACUCUGCGGCUGGUACGGCCCCCAGCACAAUAUUCACCGUCGAAGUCGCAUAAAUGCUUCCUCUGGCCUUCACAAAGAUGAGGUCAAAGAGGCUGUAGAAGAAGAGUCGGGCGUUGUAGGGAUUCCUGCCCCUCCUACUCCUCUAAGAGUGAAGAAGCUCUUUGCUGUUCUUCAGAACCAAACCGGUCAAAUCGUCCACGCCAACGUAAGCUUUGUGCUCGCUGUGGCAUUAUUAGCCGCUGUUAGAGUGGAGUUCAUUGCUGAUCAUUUCUUCCGUCUCGUGGGCAUAAUAUCUCUCGCUUGCCUAUUCAAUUGCUUAAUUCUCCUUCCAACAGUGUGUUUUAUUCUUGAACCGAUACUUCCCUCCCCAUUGUAUACUAUGUCAUCUCCUCCCCCUGUUCACAUUCGCCACGAUGUGGAAACUACCAUCAGCAAUCUUUCGCCACAUUCCCCCACAUCUUCAUCUUUGCCAACGUCUCCGUCACCCACCCUACCAUCACGGGUCGAAUCGACAGAUUUCAGUCCCCUCGUUAAUGUGCAAGCUAACGGGGAUGGUGAAGAAGAGGACGAAGAAGAUAUGGCGAUGCGUCAGCUCUGUGACUCCCUUAAGCGCAGCACUAUAUCAACGUUCGUUCAUCAUGAUUGUUCGGCUCCGUCUCCACCCCAUUCUGCAGUUAUUGACUUAUUUGCAAACGCCCUCAGAGAUGCCUCGCGGCACCCUAGCCUGAGCACAAUCUCGGAGGAGCCCUCAAAUUCCAGCUCCACUAUUAGUCUUCACCCUCCGCCACCUCUUAUCACUCCACCGUACUCCCCGCCUCCGCCCCCCUCCUCCUCUCACCUUCACCACAUUCAUCAUCAUCAUUCAGCGACAGUGCGAAUGAAGGAAUUCCUUCCCCUCUUGAACGCAGCUAUGGUAGCAGCUCAGCGGCAUCACCAGCAGCAACAACAGAGUCGUAGAAGUGGUGGUACUGGUGGGUCUGAUCCUCCACCACCGCCCUAUACUGAAAGGUUGCCAUCUGCGUCAAGAUGA